AUGACGAGCAAUCCCCCAACCAUCGUUGAUAUAUCAGUGCGUCGAACUUUAUAUGAUGUUGGCAACAUCGCUCUACUAUUCUCCUGUCAGGUAGAUGCUAGACCAAAAGCAUAUUUCAUCCAUUGGUUCAUGAAUGGAUCAAGAUUGGAAAAUUCUUCCGAUGUCACGAUCAAUGAGUUUGACCGACCAGGAAGUGAAACACUUAGAACAAGUACGCUGGUGAUAAUGAAUCCAGCAGUGUUCAAUGAAGGAGAAUACGUCUGUGAGGCCACGGCACCACUUGGCAACGACAGUGAUGCCAUCACCUUUCACUUGUCCAUCCCAGAUCCACCUUCUCGGCUCAUCGUCCACCAAAACCAGACGACAUCUUCAACUCUCUUUGUUGCCUGGCAGCCAGGGUUCGAUGGUGGGUUUCAAGAGACGUUCAAUCUGGAAUACUGUACCAACGACACAAAGGCAAAGGAGGACGAGUGUGGUGUUGUCACCAACUUGACAAAGUCAUCUUUCAGACUUAAUGGACUGAAUCCUUUCACCUGGUACCGGUUGACACUGUGGGCAGAGAACAGCGCAGGGAAUAGCAGCACGGUGAUAAUAGUGGCUUCAACAGCUCCACUGCAACCAGAGAACUAUGGCGUAAGCGUUACUUGGGUCAAGGAGGGACAAGUAUUUCAAAUAUCAAAAGCAAAUCAGUCGUUGGGUGAAGUCUGCUUCGUUCGGAAGACCUCUGUAGAGAGUUGUGCUCUACUGGAUGAAUCAAAGUGCAUUGACCCCGGAACAGAGAUCAGCAUUGACCCGGAUGAUGACGUAGUUGUAUUGACCUAUGGGAGAGGGUUGUGUAGUGAACCAGCCGAUAUAAACGUUCAACCUGGUCAGAAAGUUCCACCAAUUAAGCGAGAAACUCCUUACAUGAUAAUUGCUAUUGGUGUGAUUGCUUCAAUCAGCGUCAUCAUAGUAAUCUCACUUGGUCUCAUGUACUUUUAUGGACUGAUGUGCUGUACCAACCGGAAAAACGCCAACCGAAAUGCAACUCAACAUCAAGACAGUAUGGAGGGACAAGGAAUCUAUACUGAACUCGCAAAGGACCGGCCAUCGCAGUCCUCAAGGCAAGGUACAAGCUACUACAUGGACCUAAAGCCUACCAAUCCUACAUCAACCACCGAAGCGACCUCCGAAGGCAGGGGAGACCAUGACUAUGAUACUCCCAAUGUUUCUAAUACCGCAUAUAUGGAUGCAGACAGUAAAGACGGACACGGACCAAACCAUGACUACGUAAGCCCUAGUUCUUCUCCAAAGGGUUCUGAAAGUCAUUAUAUGAAUACUGACGGUAUGGUACUUGAGAAUGAGUCUGAUGGCCGGCAGUCCAUCAACCAUCUUUACUCAGGAGAAGGAGAUGGAGAUGAGACUACGACUCACAUCUAUAUGGAUAUGAAACCUAUGCAGAUGCCGUCAACUUCUCUUGGUGUGUCUUCCAUUGAAGAUGACCUACCGGAUAAAGAAGAAGUUGUGUAUGCCAACACAUGAUAAAUCAUAUGAAUUUGAGACUCAUGAGACCGGGGAUAUUUUGUUCUUUCGCACGAAAUAAGGAUAAAUUGUUAAUCACCUAAGAUUUCCUCUAAAUAAAAGGAGGAACUCAAGUGAAAAUUGAAUAUAAACCAUGCCUAAAACGAUAGAAAUGAGAUGAUUUUGUUUUGUAGUAGGGCUACAUAUACAUGUAAUGCUCCAAAAGAGACAUAAUAAGAACAUUUUGUUCAAUUUGUAUUGAUUGCAAAGUUUUGUAAUAUUCAUUUCAGAAAUUCAGUAUAUUCCAUCCUUUUGUUUGAUUCGAUUCCUUCAUCUAGUACAUAAUAUGCAAAUUUGAUUCAAGCACCAUCCUCAAAUUUGAUGCUUCAUAUUUUAACUUUAGGAACUACAUGUAGUAUAUGUCUGAUUAAAACAUGACAACACUUUUACAUACCUUUUACACGUAAGAAUCACAUGAAUGCCAUCUAAGUUUAUUAAAUUAAUGAUGAAGAACAAUCUGUAUUAAUCGUAUAUUUUCAAGUGACAAAUAUGUUUUUUACGCUUUUCCUGAUAAGAAGGAAACAAAUAUUAUGGCAUUGCUGUCAUUUAUUUAACACAUGCUUUCUGUACAUAAAAAUCCAUCGAUUGAUCGUCUUCAAUUGAGCGUAAGGUAAAUCAUGCAGAGUAUAAAUAUGGAUUGUGUUGUUGCACAUGUUUAAGCAUGAUCAUAUUAACUGAAGCACCAAACAUAUAUUGUCUAAUUAACAGACGAAUUUCAACUUUUUUCUACUCUGCUACUGAUUUUUGUUUUAGAUAUAGGCCUAUCAUCGAUUUUUUAAAGCAUUUUGAUAUCAAACUUUUAAUUAAAACAUAUGCAAUGUAAACAUGGUAAAUUAAUCACGGAUUAUGUUACCCUAAACGGCGUUUCUAAAUUAAAAAGUGAUGUCGUAUAAUGACUUUGGUGUUUCUUCUACCAAAACAAAACGAUAUCUUUUACCAUACGUUUCUUAAUUAACAAAAUUGCUUCAAAACGAAAUCAAGUUGUGAAAUAUCAUAUUGAUAUAAUUAUGAAUAAAUACGUUUAUAUUAGUGUAAUCGUUGUUUUCGAAUGAAACUGAUAACCUAGAAGAGAUACUGUUGUGAACUGUAUCGAAGAAACUAAGAUGAUAUUAUGGUGAUAUAUUGAAUAUAUCAACCCCAUUACAAAUAUUGAUACUGCAUUGCUAUGAUAUUACACGGAUGAGCGUUACUUGCAAUAUGUUUUAUUGCAAUUUAGAAAUCAAUAAGUAAUCUAUGAUGAAUUGCAUUAGUUCAAUCCUGUAUUAACUUUUUUGGUAUAUAUUCUACACAAAUAGAUGUAAUCAGUUUCUAUAUUAACCUUCACAAAUUCCAAUUGUUGAAAUUAACUAUGAACAUUAUAUCGUAGUACAGUGCCAGAUAUUUUAGCAUUUCACAUUAAACUCUUGUAGAUAAAUUUCUGUUGCAGAGAUAAUUUCUCUUUAAAUUAACGUAGUCAUUAUUCAUUCACUGUAUUAUACCAAUUAAUUUAGGCAUACUAAUUUACGGGAAAAGGAAAUUUUUAAAUGAAAAUAACUCAAUCUUAAUAAACAAUUUGGAUUAUUAAUAAGCAUCAUUCAAAUAUACUCUACUUGUGUGUAGAUAUGAUAGAAGCUAAUAACGCACUGUACAUUUAACAUUUAUAUCAUUCAUUAAUAUUAUGAAUUACCUGCGAAAUUAUAUUGUAGACAAAGAUGUAUCUGAUGAAAAAGUUGGAUUAUCGAUAAACUCCAUCAUGAAAAAUACACUCUUAUAAUGCCUACACAUGAUGUAAGCUAAAUAACGCACUGUAGUUUUGACAUUAAGAUUCUUAUUAUUUAUUUAUUGUUCAUGCGACAAACCAUUGGUAGACAAAGAUGUCUCUAGUACACUAGAGUUGUUAAAUUUUGAUCAUUAAUUCAUAAUUAAAAUGGUAUGUGGUAGAUAUCGUGGUUUUUCCAAGCAUGCCCAGUGCCAGAUCCAUUCUUUUCCUCCCAUUUGAUGCAAAACACAUGACUCUUCUGUUAUUAUUCUGUCAUGUCUAUAAAGAUGUGAUUAUUUUCCUUUGCAUCAACCUUUUUUUUUUUAAACCGGUAAUAAUUCUGAACACCGUGACGCAAAUCAAUUUGC